AUGUCCAACUUCCUGUUGACAUUCUCCACGGAUAUAUGUCAACUUUUAACAGAUUCCGAAGAAUAUAACGUUUUAAUAGAGGCGGGUGAUAAAUCUGAAGGCGAUUUCAAGGUUUUCUAUGCACAUUCGAUAAUUUUACGUGCUCGUUGUUCAUAUUUCAAGACGGGAUUGUCGAAUGAAUGGGCAAGGAAAGAAGGACAAGUGACCAUUUUUCAGAAACCAAAUAUUUCGCCCAAAGUUUUUAAUAUUAUUUUAAACGGCACAAUAGCAUUAGAAAACGAAGAUAUUCCAACAAUUCUCAAUUUACUAGUAGCAGCAGAUGAACUAUUAAUAAACGAAAUUUCAGAUUUCGUACAAGACCACUUAUUAGAGCACGAAUCCGCAUGGCUGAAAUCAAAUCUCGUUCUUCUCUGGUCAAAAAUACACCCAUACUCAUCAUGCAAAAAACUUCAAGAACGAUGCUUAGCUCUAAUAUGCAAAGAUCCACUCGUACUUUUCGGCAGCCAGGAUUUUUUGCAUCUCGACGAAUCAUUAUUGGUGCCUUUUUUGAAGCUGGAUAAUUUGCAGAUGGAGGAAGUCGAGCUUUGGGAUUUUAUGUUGAAGUGGGGACUGGCAAAGAAUCCGCGAAUUGGGUCGGAUGUGUGUUCGUGGACAAAAGAAGAUUUUAGGGAUAUGGAAGCGACGUUGCGUGAGUGCAUACCGUUGAUUGAUUUCGAACAUAUUUCUUCGAGGCAUUUUUAUGAUCAUGUUUGGCCAUAUAGGGAUUUAAUUCCAGAAUUGACUAUUGAACAAAUUAUUCGAUAUAAUUUUAAACCUGAAAUAUAUCCACAAGGUGUCACGCUUGCUCGUCGCCUUCAAUUUGACUCUUGUCUUAUACGUCCAAUUCAUGCAGCGAUAUUGGCCAGUUGGAUAGAUCGACUCGGACAACGACGAUAUUUGCAUGAAGAAAUUCCCUAUAGAUUACAACUUUUAUUAAGAGGAACACGAGAUGGCUUCGACUCGAACACAUUCCACAAAUUAUGCGACGACCACAGCCGCACAGUAGUAAUCAUGCGCAUCAAAGGAAGCGACGAAAUAAUCGGCGGCUACAGUCCGACAAGAUGGAUGACCAACGAAGGAUACUGGAACACCGAAGACAGUUUUCUCUUCUCGUUCGGUUCACGUGGCGCAAUCGAAGACGCUCGUCUAAGUCGCGUUUCAAAGUCUCGUUCGUAUUACGCUAUACGACUGAACGGAAGCGAGCAUGGUCCGUGUUUCGGGGAUAAGGAUUUAACGAUGCGUGGAAAAUUUGAUGAGGAGGGAAGUUGUUCGUGUCAGAAAGAUGAUUAUACGGAGAGUGUUACUAUUGUUGGGUCGUUUGCUGUUAACGAGUAUGAAGUAUUUCAUGUAGUUAGGAAGUGA